UCGACUGGAUGACGUUACAUCACACUUAUUAGCUGCCAUUAUCAUUGUCGCUAUUCUUUGACAUUUGUGACUCAAGUACAUGUUAGCAGAUAAGGGAACGUUAGGAUUUAAAGUAACGCCGAGAGGAUGGCAGGUGGGCUGAGGUCAUCUCGGGACUACAUUUCCCGGGAUGCCCUGGUAAACGCCGCUGAGAAGUGAGUGCGCAUGCGCUUCUAGACGUGGCAACGCAGCGGCAUCAUGGCCUCGCGGAACCUCUACGGGAGUCGGAUGAGAGGGGGGAAAAUGCUCGGCAUGCUGCUACUGGUAUGGCUCAUAUCGAUAUUGGAUGCAGUGAAAGUGUCUCCCCUCAUAGAGAAGGUGAGCGACCACAAAGACUUGAAGAAACUUCUCAGGACUAGGACAAACGUUCUUGUGCUGUACACCAAGACAGCUACAUCUAGUGACGCCCACCUGAAGCUGCUCUCUGAUGUGGCUCAGACGGUCAAGGGCCAAGGCACCAUCGCCUGGGUCAACUGUGGAGACUCCGAGGGCCGUAAGCUUUGCAAAAAAGUCAAAGUGGACCCAAGUUCCAAAAGUAGCGCUGCCGAGCUGUUGCAUUACAAAGAUGGAACCUUCCACACGGAGUACAACAGGCCCGCCACCUUCAAAUCCAUGGUGGCAUUUCUGAAGGACCCCUCGGGGCCUCCACUGUGGGAGGAAAACCCAGAAGCCAAAGAUGUCGUCCACGUAGAAACAGAAAAAGACUUCAGGAAGCUGCUGAAGAAAGAAGACAAGUCCAUCCUCGUGAUGUUCUAUGCACCCUGGUGUGGCGUAUGUAAGAGGAUGCAGCCCAUUUUUCAACAAGCUGCUACGGAAACCAAGGGACGAUAUGUUCUGGCAGGCAUGAACGUGCACCCAUCCGAAUUCGAUGGCCUCAAGCAGGAAUUCAACGUCAAAGGCUACCCGACCUUCUGCUACUUCGAGAAGGGCAAGUUCCUCUACCACUACGAGAACUACGGCGCCACAGCCAAGGACAUCGCAGAAUGGAUGAAGAACCCUCAGCCGGUGCAGCCGAAGACUCCUGAAGUGUCGUGGUCCGAGACUGAUUCGUCAGUCUUCCACCUCACAGACGAAUCUUUUGACGCUUUCAUGGAGGAGCAUCCUGCCGUUAUGGUCAUGUUCUACGCCCCCUGGUGUGGCCACUGCAAAAAGAUUAAACCAGAAUAUGAAGAUGCUGCCCAAAUACUCAACAAAGAUCCAAAGAGUCCAGGCGUGCUGGCGGCGGUGGAUGCCACCAUCCAUAAGUCUGUGGGAGAUCGCUACAAGAUAUCCGGCUUUCCCACCAUCAAGUACUUUGAGAAAGGACAGGAGUUGUACACGUUGCCACACAUACGAAGCAAAGACAAGAUAAUCGACUUCAUGCACAAUCCACAGGCCCCGCCGCCACCAGAGCAGUCUUGGGAGGACAAGCCCUCCAGUGUCCUCCAUCUUAGCUCGGAGGACUUCCGAGAGACCCUGAAAAAGAAGAAACACAGUCUGGUUAUGUUCUACGCUCCAUGGUGUCCGCACUGUAAAAACGCCGUCCCGCACUUCACGACUGCAGCAGAACUCUUCAAAGAAGACCGCAAGAUCGCAUACGCGGCAGUGGACUGCACUAAGGGACAAAAUCAGGAUUUGUGCAAGCAGGAAGGGGUGGAGGGAUACCCGACCUUCAACCACUACAACUACGCCAAGUUUGUGGACAAGUAUCACGGAGAUCGCGGGGAAGCGGGCUUCAUCGGCUUUAUGCGCAGCUUGCGAGGCCGCGACCAGGAAAAAGUCACCAAAAGGAAAGAGGAACUCUGAUGAAGAUGGAAGCUCCCUUGAACCCCAAACACCUUCAGGGGCCCUAGCAGCACUGACACGGGAGACAAAAAUGACCUCAAAUAUUUUUAAUACCACUCUGAUCACUUUUUUUUUCCUUUUGCGGGGCAGACAUAGUACACUAAACUCGCCCAGACACUGUGACUGAUGAUGUGACAAGCUACGCGCUAAUCUAUGCAAUUCCCGUGACGGUGGCAAGGCGGUCCUGGCAGACUUCCUGUGUACACCGGUCCGCCAUCUUGUUUCUGGCUGCGACGCCACGGUUAGUGUCGCGUGACGUCAAUCCAGGCCAAAGGGUGAGUUUUUGUCUUCAAAUGGUGGCCUUAAAAUCGGAAGCAUUCAAGCUGAGGCCCGGCGCCUUUUGCUUGCUUUGAUUCCACAUUUCAAAUCAACAAUGCCAAAUAUUGGCGUCAUGACAUUUUCAUUUCCAAAUAUGACAAGGAAAUUGGAUUAAUUUCUUUUUCUUUGCAAAUUGCAAUGGUGUUUGUCACAAAAUGUGAACGUUUAUGGUUUGAUAUACUCCAUAUUGUCGUAUUUUCAAAUAUGAUGAUGGAGAACGGGUACUGAAGUUCAAUUGAAUAGAAAAUUGAAGUUGUCAAAGAACAGUACAUUUAAAAAAAAAAUAGGAAUCGAAUUAUUAUGUUGGAAAUCAAAUAUACAGGACAAUAUAUUUCAAAUCCAGAAAAUUCUCAAAUAAGCAGGUAUAACGUGUAAAUAAGCGUUCUUCACUGGAGGAAAUAUUUUGAAAAUUGAAAACAAACGUGAAUUGGUGAAACUGUGGGUCCAAAACUCAAAUAUGGCACUCCACAGUAUAAUAACAAAAAGCAAAAUUUCGAUUUUUUUUUUUUUUUUUUUUUUUCCCUCUUUCACACACAGAAAAUUUACUUCAGUUUUCAAACUUUGACACUACACAGUUUGACAACAAAUGAGAUUCAGACAUUCUCCACAUUUAAAAUUUUUUUUGGUGAUAUUUUCAAUUUAAAAAAUAGUUACUAAGAUGAAAACGUCAAAAGUCGAGUAUAAAAUCCUGGACAACUGCAAAAUUUGGCAAUAUCACACGGUGGCAAUAAAGAAACGACUGGCAAAAACAAUACGAAGCAGCGUCUCUAAUUUUUCUUUUUUUUCUUUUUUAAGCUAAAUCACACCCUAAGAAAAUCAGUUUUUGUUGUCAUAAAUUUUGAAGUUACAAGGUGUGACAAAGAAACAAGACUCUGAAAUCCUCCAUAUUUUGAUAUUUCUCACCAUUUCCAAAUGUUCUGUAGCACAAGUUUUUGUGAAAAUUUGGGUGAGGUCGUGGUAAAUUUAAGCUUCUCAGGGAUCGCGAGAUGCAAUUAAAGGGAGCAAGUUUGUCGUUUUUCUGUGUUUUUGUUUGCCAAAUAA